UUUUUUUUUUUUUUUGGUGUAGAAUUUUGGGCGGGCUUUUCCUGGGGUGGAAUGGUAAAAGAUCUUUGGGGAUUUUAACCUGCAUUUCCUUGUGCCAUGCGUGAUCCAUCUGAAGAGUCAACUGGAAUCGUCGCUCAAUCUGGGCCGUCCUUCGUCAGGUUUGAGUUUGGUCGAAUUGGGGUUUACACGUGUCCUACAUCCUGCUUGUGUAGUUGUAUCGUUGCCCGAAUCUCAACCGUUCUUCUUCGGCUUUUAAAAAGGUAACUUCUUCUUCUUCCUUUCAUCUCCGUUUUUUACUUUCUCUCUCCUUGGUGUUUCUGAAGAGAGUUUUCGAGUGUUCCCACUUUUCGUUGCUUACUAACUGCAAAAAAGCUUCCCAAAAUUUGAUCUUUUGCUCAUUUUCGUGUUUUUCAUCGCCUUUUUGGUCGAUUGUUGGUGUUUCUGUUGCUUGCGGUGGCCGUUCGUUCUCCUUGUUUCUCUUUGCCAUUUCGCGAAGGGAGGUUUUCGGUUGCUGUGUUCCUUCUGAUUCUGACCCUGUUCUCUUUUUCCGGUAAGUUACUAUCUUUUGGUGUUUUUUCAAAUCUUUUUUGCAGUUUCCGUUUGUUACUUGCGUGGAUUUAGUAUUUCUGGAGAUUUUUGGUUUCGAUUUCUGGUUUUUCACCAUUGUUGAGUGGUUGAGCUUCCGCCAUUGUUGAGUAGCUUAAGUUUUUCAUUUUUCCCCCUUUCUUUUCUCUUUUUUUUAUUUUAUUUUAUUUUUAUAUAUGUAUAUUUACCUUGGUAUCCUUUUUCUUUCUUGAUGGCCUCCAGCUCACUAUGUCUGAUGCGUCUGAUAGCCAAAACCUUAGUAGUUCGGAAACACAAAGCGUUUCUUCUGUCUCUUAUGUCACCUCUUCCCCUUCUUCUGUCUCUUUGUCUUCUGACGAGGAGACCCAGGCCUUUGCUGAGCACAGAACUAAGUCUAUGCAUGAUGUAUUGUCCCGUUCUGUGCCCGUUGCAAUCCCUAUUUCUUCUGACGACGAGUCUCCUGGGGAAAAAUCUCCUUCCCCAGAUGCGAGUGGUCCUGGGUGUACCACCUCUACAGCUGACCUGUCUCCUUCUUUCCGUCAAACCCUUAGGGAAAUGCGCCAUGACUAUCUUUCCCGGAUCGUUAGGAUAAACCCGCCCUCUGAUGCCCCCCCAGGGCUUGAUGUUCAGCCUCUGAUUGAAAAGGCCUGGCUAGACGAUUUUGAGCAACUUGCUGGGGCUAACGAGUCUGACCUGUCUUUGCGUGUUUACAGACGUCGAGAAUCUAUUUUUCGCUCCAUGAUGGCAGAUCAUGUUACUAUCUCUGUGGAUGAGCAAGGUGAUGGUGGGGAUAUUCUGGCUCAGAUAAAUGAGUCAAGGCCUUUUCCCAACUAUGUAGAGGAGGACAUCGUCCCUGGGGACUCCUCGCCUUUCUUGUCUGAGGCAGUUGCCUUUGGUCCGUUGCACGCGAAGUUGAACACCAAGUGGACCGAUGAUGCUAGGAAAGAGAAUCAUGCUGCUGUCGGGAAAGAUUUCUAUGGCCUGCCUGAUGGUUACCGGCUCAUAGUGCCUGCUGAUGAUGCCCGAAUCACUCAUCCUCCUGACGGGUGCAUAGGUGUUUAUGCGUACAGCUUGGAUUUUGGCUUGCGCUUUCCUCUGGAUCCUACGUUAGUGAAGAUUCUUCGUGCUUUUAAUGUUUGUUUGGCCCAACUGCAUCCUUUUGCUGUAAGGACGUUGAUCAGCUACAUUUGGGUCUCCCGAUUCUUGGGCUUUCCCGAGACGCUUUCUUUGUGCAAGCGAGUACAUCAUCUGCGUAACAGUGGUACUGGUAACAAGAUUGGUUGGUUUUCUGUUUAUUGUAAUCGUUGGAGAUUGACCUGUCACGGCAUGCCCACUGGCCAAAAAGAGUGGAAGGACAGGUUCUACUGGCUUUCUGUUCCAGCCGACUUUCCUGUUGCCCGGGGGUUUGUCCGGCCCCGGACUCGGUUGGAGGGAGUUGAGAUUACAGAUGGUGCUGCCCUGGACGAGAGGGCUUUUGAGCAUUUUUCAUCUGAACCGAAGUUCAAUACUUCUGGUAAGGAGGUUGGGCGGUUGCCUCGAGUAUGGCUUCCGCACUCAAGUUACGUUUUGCGGAACGAUGUGUUGUCCGCUAUGUUUCUCUGUUCUACCCACCCUCAAGGUCGUCGGUUUUUGAACCUUAAGGAAUUGGGUGUUCGAGCUGAUGGUUCUUUUAUUUGCGCUGCCCCCCCUGAUCCUGCUUCAAAUGGGUAUCAAAUUCUGGCUGACCAGAUAGAGGGUAGCCGAAGAAGUUCCACACGCCGAUCUGGUCGGGGUGGCGGUUCUGGCACCGUUUCUAGGGUGUCCCGAAUUAUUUCCUCUGUGCCCACCAGCUCUGUGAGCACUCCUGUUCGUCGGGGGCAGACUUCUCGCGGUAUCUCCAGUCGGGGGGCUCUGUCUGGCUCUCGUCGUGACCGAGCUGACUUUGAGGCCGGACUAGGAGCUCCGACAGAGGCUGCGGGUCAUGAUUUUGGGGAGGUAGCUGAAGAGGUGUGCGACCAGCCCGGUCGCUCUGGCUCUGCGUCUGAUCCUGUGGACAUCGAAGCUGAGCAACCAUUUGUGCAGCGUCCUGGAAAACAACCCAGGAUUGAAAAUGAGGCUGAGCUGCCUCGAGCUUCUCCUUCUGUGGCUGACCCGAACCGUAGUAACACCUCUGGAAGUUCUCUUCGGCAGUUUUUAGAGCAGGAGCUUCAGGGGAAUGAUCUUGCUACUGAUGACCUUGACCUGCAUAUCAGUGGUCGACAUAGGGAGUUUGUUGAAAAAGAGUAUCUUGACAUUCGUCCCCAGGCCGAUCCUGAACUGGUUGCUAUCUUCUCUGGUCCCUCCGCUGAAGAUCGUACUUUUGCUCCGCGUUGGGACGUAUCGGAAUCAGAGAGUUUGUAUGGGAAUUAUCCCGAGAAAGGCGGUACACUUGCCUUGAGGAUGCUGAGAGGCCUGCAGUUGCCUAGUGACUUGCCUAAGGAUCGUUUGUAUACCCCUGGUGCGAAUGCAUGCCAGAAAGUCAUGGAGUGUGGGAACGCUGUGCGUGAGUUGACAGAGGUUUUCAUAGUCUACCAAAAGCGACUUGCUGCUAGUGCUGCCCAUAUAGAGGCCCAGAAGAAGAAAAUUGAGGAGCUAACAGAUGACCUGAAGGUGUCUUCGACUUGUCUAACUUCAGCCAAUGAUCAGUUGAAGCUCGUUACCGAAGAGCGUGACCAGUUGCAGAGUAGCUUUUCCCAGAUCCAAAUUGAUCUGGUUAUUGAGCGGCAAAAAGUUGAAACUCUCCAGCAGGACUUUCUCCUUGUUGAGCAGACUCAUGACAAUGAAAUAGCCCAGCUGCAAAACUCUAUUGAAGAUCAACUUGCGGCUGCUGUUCGUGAUUUCCGCCGAUCAGACGAGCAGUAUGCUUUACGCACUCAGAGCUACGAUGGUGGUUGGAAGGCUGCUUCACUAAUAGUGCAAGAGAAGCAUCCUGAUCUCGACUGGUCCCCUAUCGAAGCUGCCUGGUUGGCUGGGCUUCAUGUUGAGCUUCUGAGGAAGAAGAGAGAGGCUGAACAAGCGUCCUUGGCUGCGGGUGGUUUGAUACCAGAGGACGAUGGGGUACCAGAUCAUUGUGUUGAAAAUGUCCAUCCUGGGGAGUUGCCUCUGUCUGAUGCUGAAGACAAUGCUGAGCAAUAA